AUGCCCCGCUAUAUUUGCCCACUCAAAUCCUCAUUGCUUCUUCAACCUUCUUUCUACUCACCUUUGACUUACCCCGCUAAUUACCGUGCCUUCUCCACCGCAAUUCGCCUAUCUAGAGAAUACUACGAUAUUCUCGGCGUGUUCCCUGAUACAGACAAAUCUCAAAUCAAAGCCCAGUUUUACCAACUCUCUAAGAAAUAUCAUCCUGAUCUCAAUCACGGCGACGAGUCCGCACAUGAAAAAUUCCUCAAAAUCAAUGAAGCCUAUUCUAUACUCAGCGACGACACAAAACGACGUGAAUAUGACAGAUCUAUAAAACACAAAAUGGUCGGUGUUAGAUCUCGAACCCAUCGUUCUCACUGGUCAUAUUCCUCCUCUGCUGCCGCUGCUCACUAUCGGCAUACGUCUUACAGAGUUCGUGAGAACGAUUUUGAACGUUACAAAAAUGUAAAAUUUAACUUUCAGAAUCAUUUUGAGAGACAUUAUGAAUAUGAGAAAAGGAGAAAGUUAAGAGAAGAAGAGAAAAUUAGACAGGCCCAAGAAGAGAGAGGCAUGGAAGAAACUUUGGCAAAGAGAUUUGGUAAAGUUGUAGCGUUGCUUUCGUUUGCGGCUAUCGUUAGUGCCUGGGGGCAAACAAUUUUUGCCGAGGAAAAAGAUACUCGCAUGUAA